UUGGCAGCUGCUUCUGCUCCACGUCCCGCGUUCCGCGCGUGUUCUUCCCCCCUGCCCGGCGGUGCUUCGCCAUGCCGGUCACUGUGGGGGAACCAUUUCAGCCUGCGUUAAAAAAGUUCUGCAAAGAUCAGCCAUUGAGCCUGGACGAGGUCUUGGAAUUGAAAUCCCUCUUGGAAUCAAAGGGUACCUUGGACUACACUCGCGCCAAGUGCAAGGAUAGCAAGGGUAAAGCCACAGGGCCCUUCAGCGCCAGUGCGGCGAAUGCCAAGGGGGACCACACAGGCUCAAGCAUGUUUGGGAGUUGGCUGCGUGACAACUGUAUCAUUGCCUAUGGCAUUUGGCUCACUGAUCCAGAUGGAGCUGGCGGGGAUGAUGCUGUGGCAUGCUUGAACUCUAUUGCCACCUUUCUGCUGACCUACCAGUCCCACAAGAUGGAGUUGGUGAUCAACGGCCAGAAAGAUGUCAAAGGUGACGAGAAGACGUGGAUGGACCGGCCCCACAUUCGCUUCAUUGGGGAAACCGGGAAGGAAGACACCAAGUGGUACAACCACAAGCAGAACGACGCCUUGGGCUAUUUCCUCUGGGCACGAUGCCAGCUGGCGCUAGCUGGCAAGAUGCCUUUCACCGGGGAGCACCUGAAGCUCUGCGGACAGCUCUUCGACUUCCUUCGAACGAUUGAAUGUUGGGAUGAUUUGGAUGCGGGACACUGGGAGGAGCAUUCGGCUCAGCAUGCCUCUUCUUUGGGCCCCGUCCUCGCUGCUGUCAAGAGCUUCCAGAAGGUGCUUCGAUCCAACCCAGGGUGGCUCUUCCCUGGGAAGAGCGACACCUUGAGCGUUCUGGAAACCAAGUUGGAGGCAGCCCUGAAGACGAUCUUGCCCAACGAGGUGGUGAAGCCACCGAAGAACAAGAAGGACGCCGAUGGAGCCUUGAUUUUCCUUUGCUACCCGUUGGAGGUGGUGCCGACCGCCAUGGGUGAGCAGAUCUUAGAGAGGCUCGAGACCAUCACCGGCCACAUCGCAGUGUGCAGGUAUCGGAAAGACAGCUAUUGGUGCAAGGACUACAAGGAGCUCUAUGCAGAUCCCACGAAACACUUUACAGACGAAGAGCUCAAAGAGCGCGACGCCAAUAUCAAGCCGGGCGAGGAGGCACAGUGGUGCCUUUUCGACCCCAUGAUCAGCGCCUACUACGGCAAGCUGUACCAGACCACGACCAAGGAGGAGUACCUGAAGAAACAGCAAUUGUACCUGGCUAGGGCCUUGGCCGCCAUCACUGGGGACGACUGCGAGUUUGGUGCUUGGAUGUGCGCGGAGGCCUUCUACCUCGCAAAGGGCAAAUGGCAGCCCAACGACAACACACCCUUGGUCUGGACCAUGGUGGACCUCAAGAUGGCCAUCUAUGAGAUGGAGAUCAGCUUGGGUGGCACUGGCAAGCCUUCCUCGAGCUUGUGUGUCUUGAGCUGAGCUUGAGUUGACGCUUGGAGCAGCCACAUCGGAGCCUUUGACACCAAAAAGCCCGGCACAGACGACUCAAACCGGCCACCCUGCGGAGUGGAUCACAGGCCGUCUGCCCGGCGGACUGACCUCAGGAAAAUGACUGAACCGGCCCAACCGACCAUGAAGCGUCUAGGUUUCAACUUGGCAGAAACGGCCCUCUUUCCCCAAUUGGGACGUUCAGAGGCUGCUUCAUGCAAGGCUUGCGACGUGUUGCUUGCCAGCAAUCGUUUUGGAUUGAUUUUACAUUUACAUUUUCCAGUCUCCACCAACAGAGUCGAACGCA